ACCGGACUUGGUCGCGCCCGAAGUGUAACACUUUCUCUUUGUCGGAGGAGCUCCUCUGUUUCCUGUGCAGUAGCUCCCGUUGCGGCGGCACCCGUGGCAGCCCUGGCGGACGCAGGAGCGAUGGCAGCGACCGAUAUAGCUCGCCAGGUGGGUGAAGGUUGCCGAACUGUCCCCCUGGCUGGACAUGUGGGGUUUGACAGCUUGCCUGACCAGCUGGUGAAUAAGUCCGUCAGCCAGGGCUUCUGCUUCAACAUCCUGUGCGUGGGAGAGACAGGUUUGGGCAAGUCCACCCUCAUGGACACCCUGUUCAACACCAAGUUCGAAGGGGAGCCAGCCACCCACACACAGCCGGGUGUCCAGCUCCAGUCUAAUACCUAUGACCUCCAAGAGAGCAACGUGAGGCUAAAGCUCACGAUCGUUAGCACAGUUGGCUUUGGGGACCAGAUCAACAAAGAGGACAGCUACAAGCCCAUCGUGGAAUUCAUCGACGCACAAUUCGAGGCCUACCUGCAGGAAGAGCUGAAGAUCCGAAGAGUGCUACACACCUACCAUGACUCCCGAAUCCAUGUCUGCUUGUAUUUCAUUGCCCCUACGGGUCAUUCCCUGAAGUCUCUGGACCUAGUGACUAUGAAGAAGCUGGACAGUAAGGUGAACAUCAUCCCCAUCAUUGCCAAAGCAGAUGCCAUUUCGAAGAGUGAGCUAACAAAGUUCAAAAUCAAAAUCACCAGUGAGCUUGUCAGCAACGGAGUCCAGAUCUAUCAGUUUCCUACAGAUGAUGAGUCAGUGGCAGAGAUCAAUGGAACCAUGAACGCCCACCUGCCAUUUGCUGUCAUCGGCAGCACAGAAGAACUGAAGAUAGGCAACAAGAUGAUGAGGGCACGGCAGUAUCCUUGGGGCACUGUGCAGGUUGAAAACGAGGCCCACUGCGACUUUGUGAAGCUGCGGGAGAUGCUGAUUCGGGUCAACAUGGAGGAUCUGCGGGAGCAGACCCACACCCGGCACUAUGAGCUGUAUCGCCGCUGUAAGCUGGAGGAGAUGGGCUUCAAGGACACCGACCCUGACAGCAAACCCUUCAGUUUACAGGAGACAUAUGAGGCCAAAAGGAACGAGUUCCUAGGGGAACUCCAGAAAAAAGAAGAGGAGAUGAGACAGAUGUUCGUCCAGCGAGUCAAAGAGAAAGAAGCGGAGCUCAAAGAGGCAGAGAAAGAGCUGCAUGAGAAGUUUGACCGUCUGAAGAAACUGCACCAGGAUGAGAAGAAGAAACUGGAGGAUAAGAAGAAAUCCCUGGAUGAUGAAGUGAAUGCUUUCAAGCAAAGAAAGACGGCAGCCGAGCUGCUCCAGUCCCAGGGCUCCCAGGCUGGAGGCUCACAGACUCUGAAGAGAGACAAAGAGAAGAAAAACUCUUACUGUUUUACAGUUAACUCUGCUGUUUGCUGCAUGCUGCAUGAGACCCAGGGUCCUGUAAUCCAUGGCUGUGUACUGAAUAGUAUUCCCCGCUACAGCUGGACUGGACUCCAUUUAGCCUUUUAAGCCGAGGUUCUUAUUUUAACUGACAGCUUUCCUUUGGGGUGCCAGGCAGCCAGACCCCCCACCCCUACCCUGCCAUGUACUUCAAGCUCACUUCUUCUUUUUGAGUUCCGCAACUUGCUCCUGCCUCCCAGCCCCACUGGCACUGACCAUGACCACCUACUUCUAUUUUUUUUUUGAGUUUCUUUUUUUGAUCACUUACGUUCAAAGCACACAGUCAAACAAGGUUAUGCCAAAUUUCCAGGCCUUUUUGAAGUAUUGAGAAGGGGAAGGGGAUUUCUCACUUCAAUUAAUUAUAGAUCAUAAUAGGAAGCAAAAAGAAAAAAAUGAAAAGCAAACAUAUGCACGUACUUUUCUUAUUGGCAAAGCAAGAGUGUAGGUUUGCUGUGUAGGUUUGGUGCUCUACUGAUUGGUGAGUGACCAGAGCAAGUAUGAAGGUGAUGCUGCCAAAACACAAGCCAGUUUCUUGGGAAAAUUCAAGUUACAGUGGAGUAUUUUUUUGAAGACCAUAUGCUUGGAGGUAGAAACAAACCAACAACCAAAAAAAAAAAAAAAAAUCUGCUCAGCUACCCAGCCAGUAGCUCAGAGAGAUGCUGAGUUAGGCCUGUCAGGUCUCCUUGGGAAAGGAUUCAUAUUUGCAACUUUGAUGAUUCUAUGUCCAGCUUCAGAGCUGCUUUCCCAGAAAUUCAUGCUUAAACAACCAACUGGUAACCACCACCUCCCCACACCGCCGCCCGGUAAUUAUUUGCAUUACAAACCGGAGGCGCCCUCAUUUGCAUUUGUGUACAGAUGAACUACUUAAGACUUGAGAAGCUCUGAAUACUUCAAAAGUAUAAGACCCACACAGCCUUGGAGAGACCUUCAGAAACUAAGGAGGAGUUUUAUAUUAAGGGAGACAUUUUAGUCAGUAAGACGAUAUAACCUACUUACUCCGAAAGGAGAAAUGAAGGCCCAGAGAAGGGAAGGGACUUGACCGAGGUCUCACUUCUGUUUUGAGGCAGAAGCCAGACUGAUUUUCAUGCCUCCUGACUCCCAAUCCAUUUCACAAAGGGAUUCAAUCUGUUUAUAUACGUUACGUUCCUGGAUACGAGGUUUUUUGAUGUUCAGAGUAACUGACUAGUUAGUAUUAGAAAACCCUCGAGGUUUUUUCCCACAGAAAAACGUCUGAAGAUGGAUUGGGUGAGGGCUGGCAAAACGAAGGCAUGCCGGGCCAGCUUCUUAACCCAAUGACCCAGUGGUGCUGCAAGGCUGGCACGGGGCCCAGGAGACCGUGUGUAACAGGUGCCCUAGGUGACCCUUAUAAUCAGGGAAGUUUGGUAAACAAAAAUCGAACCCAUGACUGAACAUAAAUUAAAAAGUUAUCAAGCCUAUUAAAAUGGGUAUUUCAUUGGGUAGCUUUUCUCACCGUAGACAGAUUUUUUCCUUCUUCAAUGAAAAGGCUUUUUAAUUAGUACAACUGUUACUAUUUUUAAAAAAAUACCCUAAGUACUCUGUUUACUUCUGGUGAAACAAAACCAGUCAUUAGAAAUGGUCUGUGCUUUUAUUUUCCCAGACUGGAGUGGCUUUUCUGAAACACACACGCACACGUACACACAUCCCUCACUUCUCUUAAGGCAAGAAGUUUGCUUUCCCUAGCUGCAGUGUAGAUGGCUCUUGUUUUUGUUUUUUUGUUUUAAUCAUUUGGCAUUCACAUGUGGCUGUUAAUAUGUGCUUGUUUUUAAUUAAAACAAGAAGCUUUAAA